UUUACAAGACACACACACACACGGAGUGAGAGAGAAAGAGGAGGAUAGAGAGCUCGAGCUCAUUAAAGUUAACCAAAUAUGUCUAGGUAGAUCAGUAGCUUGGGGGGUAUCGAUGACGGUUUCGAAUUACGCUUUUGUAUGUUUCCUUUAGGUGGAUACUUCCAAAUGCCUGGCACUUCGUAUCCCACAAAUAAUGAUAAUUUCAGCAACGGUUUUCCCAUGGCCACCACUCAAAGUGAACGAUUGCUGCAGGCUCAGAAUCGUAGGAAAUUCAGUUUUCCGGCUACCCUACAUUCCGCAUCGCUUCUGGAGGUGGGCCAAAGGGAUGUCACAGCGACGCGGCGUCGUCUGAGCAAUGUCAGUGAUGUGGUCACAAGGAAACUAUCCUAUACCAUUGGCUGGAAGGCGGCACAAAUUCCAGCCCAGGAUAUCAUAACUCAGGGACGUUGUCUUUGUGGCCAUUAUAUCAAGAGGCGUUUAAGACGCUCGGGUUUGUUUAAUAAGAAAUUGGGUUUCCAGCGUAUUAGAAGUAUUAUGGGUUCCACAUCAAUGGGCGUGGUACGUGAUGUCUUUCCAGCUGUUCAAGUGUUGGGUGAUGAGCUGGAGCGUAUGCAUCCUCGUGUCUAUAAUGGUGUGGCCAGGCAAAUCUGUCGCAAUCCUGGUGGUGAAUUUCAAAGUUCUGAUGCUGUUAGCCUGUUAAUAGGCGCCGUGGGUCGAGAACUAUUUCGCGUUGAUAUCACCUGGAGCAAGGUCAUCUCUUUAUUUGCCAUUGCCGGUGGUCUAUCGGUGGACUGUGUUCGUCAAGGGCAUCCGGAAUAUUUGCCCAAACUAAUGGAGAGUGUAUCCGAGGUCAUCGAAGAUGAGCUAGUACCCUGGAUCAAUGAUAAUGGUGGUUGGAGCGGCAUCAAUACCCAUGUCUUACCCACAACCAACAGUCUCAAUCCUUUAGAAUGGACCACAUUAAUAAUUGGUGUGGUUUUUGGUUUUAUUUUAAUUUUCAUGUUCUUACGUUUCAUUAUAAGCACGCUAAUACCCAAAAUAUAUCAACGAUUCACAAGUUGAUCGAAACGAAA